CCUGACUUACUACUUGGCAUUUUCUUGUGGUAAAUUUUACCAUGGAUGAACUGAAUACCAAUAAUGGUGUUAAAGAACCAACUGAGAAAAGCGAAGAUGAAAAUUGUCAUACCAACAAGGAACCUCCCUCCAGUGCACCUCCCCCAACCAACGGUAGUCCUUCUUCCAACAACAUUCCUCACCAAGAAGGAAGCCAACACGCAGCAAGAACACAACAAGAAUACGCUCUCGUAAACGUCCCGCACAUACAGCAGCGCUGGGAGUGGGAUUGCGGACUGGCCUGUACCCAGAUGGUCCUCCGACACGUGUUAACCUCCCCACCGUCCGUCGACAGUUUCCGCGCCCUCUAUGAGAAGAUGGACUUUGGUUGUAGCGUGUGGACCGUGGACCUCGCUCGGAUCAUGGCUCACUUUAACGUCCCCCAUCUACUUUGCACACUAACUCUUGGCGUCGACAACGGGUACCAACAAGAGAGCUACUAUCUGGACCACUUUGAUAAAGACAAACAGAGAGUUAACCACCUAUUUACCAACGCCGCGUCCUUGGGAAUACGCACUGAGGAAAAGGCCGUAACCGUACAGCAUAUACGGCAUCAUCUAUCGGAAGGAAACGUAGCCAUCGUGUUGGUUGACUCCUCUAAACUACACUGCGUUUGGUGCAACGAGAACAAGGCUUGCUCUUGCUGGCCUUGUCACAUGCUGUGGUCUUGUUUAUCUGAAGGUUUAGAUGAAGAAGAAGUUUCUGUGGCCUCUGAUUCUGAAGUAAACGAGAAAGAGAAAAGAAGUGGCAAGAAUAUUCCUGGCUCUCAAGACAGGAAAGAAGAUGCAAAUGUACUUGAAGAAGAAAGACUACCAGACGUAUACCAAGACGCAGAUGCACAAAUUUCAGCUGGUGAUUCUGCAGAUCAAAAUAACAUUAAAUCGGAGCAUAGCCAAACAUCGGAAGAGACAUCUCCCAAACAAGGGAGCCCAGAAAAAGACAAAAACACAGCAAAAACACCUGACAAAUCCGACAAGUCUGGCUACCAGGGACAUUUCAUUGUUGUUUGUGGGUACAGCGAAGAAGGAAUUUUGUACAGAAAUCCCGGAUUGGCGACUGAUCUAUGCUGUUGUACGCAACAGAGUUUUGAAGACGCAAGAAAGAGUUACGGCACGGACGAGGAUAUCCUUUUUGUCUAUCAGCACAAAGACAGUGAUAGCAGUAUGUAAAUUUGUGGUUAGUUCGAUUUUAUUUUUAUGUACCACACAUGUUGGAGAGAGAGCUUUUUUUCUUUAGUUUAGGCCAUGUUUAGACCAUGUUUAUUUAAUUAUAUGGAUGACAUUAUAUAGAUGACAUAGAUAGGAUCAUCUCAGAAGUAAUUUUUAGCAAGCGUGGGGAAAAAUGCUUUGGCAAACAAUUUACCUUUUGUAUGAAAUCUAAUCAUCAGGAAGUUUGAACAAAUGACUCAACACAUUAAAGGGACAUAAUGUAGAAAUAUGGCGCCAAAAUUUGAAAUAUUCUGAACUUGAAAAUCGCCAUUCAGAUUGACAUUUGC